AUGUCUAUCUGGACAGCAUAUUCCCUUGGCCGAUAUAUUCAAAGCAAGAUCAGUAACUUAAAAGGCCUGGCUGGAGCCGCAUUGGCGAACGCUCUUGUCCGCGUUCCCCAAGUAGAUUUCCAUGUCUUUGAAUCAGCACCCACAUUCUCGGAACGUGGCGCGGCAGUAGGGCUUGCUAAGAAUGCUCAGCUAGCCCUGGACCAGAUCCUUCCUUCAGGCACGGAUGUUCUCGACAAAGCAGGAACGGUGCCCAUGAACUCCUCCCGAAUUAUUUUGGGCUCAGGACCCGAGGAGGGAACUAUCGUCUUCGACCUUGCCGCGGAUGAUCCUGGAAUGAAUGUUCACCGAGCUUCUCUCCUCUGUGAACUUCUCACCCCGUUACCAAAAGAAGCCCUGCAUCCUAAUAAGAAACUCACAACCAUCAACCCUAAUGAAUCCGGUGUUGAAAUAAGUUUUCAAGAUGACACAGUCUAUCAAUUCGAUGCAGUGAUUGGCGCAGACGGCAUAUUCAGCACGGUUCGGGAACAUGUCCUUCAGGGCGUUAAAGCAAAGUCAAUUCUAGGUGAGAAAUACCUUGAGGUUGACCGGCAGUACGGUUGGGUCGGAGAUGGGGCAUUCAUCAUGCAUGACAUCCUAGAAAACGGAACUAUGGUCCAGUGUGUGGUAUCAGGUAUUGAAAAAGAUCCCUCGACAAGUCGAGACAGAAAGCGCCCGCUCACACAAGACGUGUUGAGAGACUCAUUGAGUAGCUGGCUGGGUGGCCCAAUUGCAGACGGUAUGAUUAGUGUAAGUUCCGGAGCAGGAUUAGCCAUUGAAGACGCGAUGGUCCUUGGAACCCUUUUCGCCAACAUUUCAUCCCCAAGUGACAUUAACGCUGCGUUCGAAGCGUACGAUCUGUUAAGGCGCCCUCGGUGCCAGCGAGUCAUCGACUCCAGCCGUGAGACGGGCCAGAUACUCUGUGGACAGGUAGAUCUCCAUGCGAAUGAGUUGAGGGGGUUACUCGCGCCAAGAUGGAAUUUCAUUUUCGAGCUGGACAUGGAAUCUCACAAGCGUGAAGCGGUAGAUAAGUUGAGGGAUAUUCAGCAGAAGUCAUAG